AACGGUUUAAAAUAACUCUAAAAACACAAAAUCCUUAAACACAAAAUAACCUCUCAAACAAGCACACCCCAAGAUCCCUGCCCCCACCCUUUUUGCUUCAGUUCAACCACCAGAAUCACCCACAUCUCCAUCAUCGGCGACCACCGUAGGCGGCGGUGGCGUGGUGGAGUUUGUCGGGUCGUUGUUCGAGCGAGAGAGAGAGAAACGGCGAGAUGAGAGAGACAGAAACGACUCUGUUUUGCCUCGGGUUUUCGGGGAUAUGUCCACUCGAAGCUCGCUUGGUUAUGGUUAUUUCAAUUGCACCAAUGCUCAAGAUGAUGGUUUUUAGUUGGGACAAAACUACAAGUGAUCAUAACCAAAAUGGCUUGAGGAUUCAAGAAAGAGGUGCAAUGAUCAAGGGUAUACCCUUCGUUCAUCUCGCCAACGACCUUUUUUGGUUCAACCGCUCUCACCUCCUGCUCUAUCUUAUUCACUCUAUCCUCUUUCAGUUAACUGUUCUAAUUAUAAAUGUAUUAACUUCUGUGGGUUUACCUCUUAAAGAUCUCAUUCUAUCUACUUUUGAUGUUUUUCAGUAUCAAUACGGGCCGAAAUCAUGCUUCCAUAAGAACAAAGCCGACUUUGGGAUUAAGAUUCCAAUGGCGGUAUUUGUACUAAUACUAUGCAACCAUGACUUUAUGCACUAGUGACACAAAUGGGUUCAACCAUGAGCCGGCCAUGUUCAACGAUCAUGUGGCAAUUUAUACGGUUCCGGUUGCAAGUAUAAAUUGAAGACGUUGGUUUGGGUUGCAAGUACGUAGACAUUGGUUCGGGAAGUUAUUGUAUAUCACAUUCAUCUUUAUAGAUAUAUGUAUUUGUGUUACUUUGAAAACUUUGUAAUUUACAUUGUUGGAUUAUGUUAUAUGGGUUUAAUUUAAUUUUGUUUUUUGUA